CCCAGACUGCAAGAGCAAUCACGAUGGCGAGCUGGUUCACUUGCCCACUUCAGCUGACCGGUAGUCGCGAACUCACUUGCAAUCGAUUCACUGAAGAGCAACGAAAUACUACAUGCAACGAUGGCAUUUCUGGUAGGCAAACUAGGGGAUUGUUUUUUUCCAAUGUUGACAGAGCCAUACCAGGUACAUCGCCGACUACGUCUACGCUUUACCAACCGUGGUCUUCUUCAUGAGUGCCCUGGGGAUCUUCAUCAUCGGUCACGUCAUAUCCUCAUAACUUCUGGGGCAUCGAAAGUUCCAAGGCCCUCCAAUAUGGCGGAAGUUGAUUGCAAUCGUCCGAUCCUUGUCAUACCGUGGAUUUCAUGUUGAGGCGAUACGAUGGAACUCAGCGCCGGUUGGCCUUUUGCUCUUGGGAACUGCUGGUACCGUAUACUUCUUUUCCCUCCUGAUGGUCAAGCGAGGAUUUUGGAGACUCACCACCACUGGGAACCAGGUCGGGGUGGAUCGCAUUGGCAUGCAUGCCGUUUGUCUUGUAAGCCGCUCAAUAUCGAAACUGCAGUCAUCUACGUUCCUUGCUUCGUCUGCCCGUGGCUCCUAACCGCCUUCGAAUACAGCUUUACUCAAAAAGCCCACAUCCACAUGGAGGACAACGGCUUCAUACGCCUCACCAUCCCGUUGGCUUUUUCAUCGCAUCCUGUCACCAUCUGUUUGCUACCAUCGGUGCAAGCAAAGGGGAAGUCUGAGCUUGUGUUCUACAUUCGCUAUUCGCAUGGGUUGACGAAGUUGUGCGACUAUGCUCAGAAACACCCCGGUACUGUGGUACCUGUGCUCAUCGAUGGUCCGUACAGAGGUAUCAACAUGCAGAGAUUCAACAAGGCUGAUCGCUUACUUGUCGUCGCGGGCGGAUCAGGCGCUGUCUGGAUCUUGUCUUUUCUUGAGCUGUUCUGUAGACAACGUUCUGCUAUUGAUGCUGCCGACGGAGCUUUCGAGAAAGACUUCAAGACUGGAGAUGAGGAGAGACAGACCACGCGCCUAGAACACUGUUGCAACGUACGCAUCGUCCUGGCAACGCGCUACACUAGUAGCCGCACUUGGUUUCUAGAAAUUGUGGCUGAGCUAAUCAGACAACAUUGA